AUGACUUCAGCUUCGGAUGACCUGGUAGAUCUCCCAAUACCGGCUGCUGAACUUACUGUAGAACUAGAUUCUGGAUCUCACUGGUACGGCGGGGCUCACCUCCUUCGCCAGCUAUGGCCGCUAGAACGUGCGAAUUGGGAAGUGGGCCCACUGUAUCCAUUCGAUCAUGGCCCAAAUGGGCUUGGCUCAGUAGUUGGGACGCACUGGGUUAAUAGCCGUGGCUUGCUAGUUGCAGUAGAUCCUGAGACACCGAUGCUGCAUGCAGGUCUAAAUGCCCCGCUAGAACAGCGAUCCACGUUUACACCGAGAUAUUUCGGAGUAGGAGUUCAACACAAAAAAUCUGUCUCUGGCAUGGGUUACUAUGAUAUAUGUGUUCUUCGUGUUGCCGUUAGUGCACACAGUGAUGUGCGGACUGCAACACUUGCAGCUUUGUCUCCACUACAGUCACCACAUCAGAUGCCACCUGCAGUCUUCUUUCAGCGGUCGAUAUGGACAACCUGGGCAACUUCACACGCAGAUAUUACUCAAUCGGACACAGUAGCACUUGCUGAAGCAGUUAUUCAGAAUGGGUUUCAACCAGGUGUCCUUGAAAUAGACGAUCGAUGGCAGUCACGAUAUGGAGAUCUUAAGUUCGACUCGUUGAAGUUUCCACACCCCAAGCAAAUGAUUGAACAACUUCAUGAACUUGGUUUCUUGGUAACUUUAUGGGUCAUGCCAUUUUUGCAGGAAUCAUCAUCUGCCUGCUCAGAGGCAAAAAGACUUGGAUAUCUCGUUGACGGGGGGAAACCUCCGAGCAUCCUGCGAUGGUGGGGAACCCAACCAGUGCGGGCCAUCGACUUGACAAAUGACGAAGCUGUUGAAUGGUUUGUACGUCGUUUGCAAAAGCUUCAACUUGAAAUCGGUGUUGAUGGCUUCAAGUUCGAUGCCGGCGAGCCAUGUUUUCUGCCUAAAGGCGCCCUCACUCGACGGCAACUUAGAUAUCCUGGGGAGUACACUCAGCUUUGGGUUCAUAAAGUUGCUAGUUGUUUUCCUCUUUCUGAAGUGCGAAGCUCAAUGUGGACUUCUGGCUACGGUGGAUUGGUUCGAAUGGGUGAUCGUGAUACCGUGUGGGGUGUUGAAAACGGCUUGCAGUCCCUCAUUCCAGCCUUAUUAACAUCCGCUGUUCUAGGAUACCCAUUCACCCUACCAGAUAUGGUUGGUGGAAAUGCAUAUUGGGGACAAUUUCCCGAUACUGAGUUAAUGAUUCGUUGGGCGCAGGCGAGUGUUUUGAUGCCGGUUGUUCAGUGGUCAAUUCCGCCAUGGAAGGUCAGCAUCGAGGCAAAGGAGGCGUGUUUUGCAGCACAACGGAUACGUGAGAAGGUACUUCUUCCUAGAAUAGAAAAACUUGCAGCGAGUGCAGCAACGAGCCUGCUUCCAAUUUGCCGACCAAUAUGGUGGCUUGACCCUUUGGAUCCCGAAACAUUUUGUAUUGACGACCAGUUUGCUAUUGGUGUUGAUGUGGUGGUUGCACCUGUUGUGCAGCAGGGUGCGCGCGAGCGAAGAGUGUAUCUACCACGUGGGCAAUGGCUUGAGUGGAGGGAUAUUGCAGGGAUCGAUCAUUGCCAACCACACACGGGGCCUUGUUGGAUUGUCGUCGAAGCUCCUUUGCAGAAGCUGCCCAUUUUUGUUUUAGUCCACUCAGACAAUUAGUAUUUGGGCUACUGUACAGUACACGUGUACACGUACGUGUACACGUACAUGUACCAAAAGUACAGAUAGAGAGCUAAACUACAAGUGUACUUCCGUACUUCCGAAGAACUUUCGUACGAAAGUCCGUAUAGAAUACUUCCGAAAGUACACAACUACAGUACACAUACAGUACAACAUUUAUCAAUUGUGGUACAGUAUUUGAGUAGAGUGUGUGUAGCUGUGUACGUGUAGAUACUAGCUAGCUACGUAGCUAGUAGCUAUCAGCAGGGGAUAACUUUUAAUAGUAAAUAAAUAUUUUACUUAGUUUUUCGAAAGU